CAAGUAGAAGGUAUAGCCUGAUCGUGUUCUGUACCUAUCUUCCCCCAACAAUGGCGACCAGUCUGGUCCGUCGAGCUCUCUCUAGGGUUCAUUCGUCUCCGGCCGCGAAGCUUUUUCUCUCCCGAGCACAUGCAUCGGAGCCUCAAAAUCAACAAGCGAAGCCAGUCGCCCAAUCUUCACAUAGUCUCAAGAACUUUCAAAUCUACCGAUGGAAUCCUGAUAAUCCAGGAAAACCAGAGCUCCAAAACUACCAGAUCGACCUUAAGGAGUGUGGUCCUAUGGUCCUAGAUGCACUGAUUAAGAUCAAGAACGAGAUCGAUCCUACCUUGACGUUCCGUCGGUCGUGCCGUGAAGGAAUCUGCGGUUCCUGUGCUAUGAACAUUGACGGAUGUAACGGACUUGCUUGUUUGACGAAGAUUCCGUCGGGAGAUGCGACGAUGAUUACGCCUUUGCCGCAUAUGUUUGUGAUUAAGGAUCUGGUGGUGGAUAUGACGAAUUUCUACAAUCAAUAUAAGAGUAUUGAGCCGUGGUUGAAGAGAAAGUCUCCGGCACCGGUUGGUUGGGUAGGGAAAGAGAUUUAUCAGAGCAAGGAUGAUAGGGCGAAGCUCGAUGGGAUGUAUGAAUGCAUAUUGUGUGCCUGCUGUAGCACAUCAUGCCCUAGCUAUUGGUGGAACCCUGAGUCUUACCUUGGCCCCGCUGCUCUUCUUCACGCUAAUCGGUGGAUCAUGGAUAGUCGUGAUGAAUAUACACAGGAGCGUCUAGAUGCAGUAAAUGAUGAAUUCAAGUUGUAUCGCUGCCAUACAAUUUUGAAUUGUGCUCGUGCAUGCCCUAAGGGGCUCAACCCUGGGAAGCAAAUCCAGAACAUCAAGAGUCUUGAAAGCUAAGUGCUUUUUUCCUUUUUAAAUUUAUAGGGAGAAUGAUGGUUGUUAUCCCUAUGUUAAUUCUGGGAUUAUGUUAGAACAUCUUUGUAAACCUUUUGUUUUGUUGGAAAUAAUUGGUGAACAUGUUUGUACCUUGCCAUGGAUUCUGGUUUUAAUAUCCAAAUCCUCUGAUAAUGCCAUUUUUAUCAAAUUUGUUUAUCCUGAAUCCUGAUUGAUUCAAACCAGAAAGAGAGGUGGUGUUUGGAUGCAUGUCUUAUUCUGGUUUUGGUAUUCAGAUUGGGGCAAAUUGCAGAAAUAGCAAAAUGUUUCACUAUUACUUUUUCUGGUUUUUGUUUAUCCUGAAUCCUCUGAUAAGUGUCUUGCUCGUAUGAGUGAAAAAUGAAAGCACUUUAGUAGUACAUAUAAAAGUAAAGUGCAUUGUCUAUAUUGGUAGCAAGGGUGAAGUCAUUGUCAUAUUUUGAGAAAUAGGCUAGGGACAAGGUGUGGGGUUGCUUUAAGAAAUUUGUUUGAGGCUUACAAUUACAUCGAUGUUAUAACUGUAUUCAAAGGUGUUUAUUAUUAAAUAUUGUUUGAG